UUUUAAUUCCCUGGUUUGAAAAAUCUUACCACUAGAAAGGGAGAAGGCGAUCAUUUCCCGAAAUCCUUGAAUCCAUUCUUCAACCAUAUCGUUACCCGAUCGCAGGACUCAUCCGAUCUUUUGUUCUAUGCCGACGACCACAAGAAGGGAUCAGUGAUCACUCGUGGCUAAAGGCUCACUAGAUUUGCGUGGCUAAAACCUCACUAGAAACUCCACAAUACAUUGCGCUCUUCAUUUUGAUAAGCUCGGCAACCAUCGAAUGUGAUCCUAAAGGAAGUUCUGUUAUUGGGUACGAUUGAUCCCAAGAGUAGUGAAUGGCUAAAUGAGUAUAAGAACUACCAGCAAACGUUGUCUGCAAAAGACAUAUGGAAUCUGUCAAUCGGAUAUUCCUCUGCUAUGACUUCAGUAGGAAAGCUUGGCACAUGAUAUGGAACUUGACGGGCUGAGAAUGACUUAGUCACUAAUCUAAAUCAGAGACCAGACAUAGACAACUCACCAUCUGAUUCAGAAAUCGUUGAAGUGACUUAAGUCUCAAGUUAUAAUUUUACUAAUGUUUUCUUACUCUUACAUGUAUGUUUUAUAAACCCUAGAUUGUGAACGGGAAGGACGGCUACAUAUGCUCAUAAUUAAAGAGAAAGUAACAGGCUUCUUGUCUACUUUAAGGCUAUACUUGGAAAGAGGGUUCAUGGUGUUUAGGGAGGGUUUCCAAUAGAAAAUUAUGUAAAUUUCUAUUGAAACCCUCAUGAAACCUCCACUACCAAACAACCGUGAAGUACCCUCCUCCUAAACAUAGCCUAAGUUCAGGCAUCAAAUAAAAAUGGCAAGGAGUUUGGUCGAGGAAGGAACGAAAGUUUGGAGUUCAAUUGCACAAAACAAUCACCUAGUUCCUUGGCAGAGUAUGAUAUAUGUGAUAUAUUUAUUUUAUUUUAUAUACGGGAGUCUUGUGUGACAGAAGUUGUUUACCUUUUCUUUAAAAAAAAAGGGUGGGGGGGGGGGGGGGAAUUUAUUGUUUCCUGGAUGAGGCACAUACAUUUUUGUGCUAAACAGUAAUUACUUGUCUGAAUGAUGUAUUAUAAUUUUUUUUUUCCUGUACAUUAUGACCAUGUUGUAAUUAUCAGGGGGAUACUUUCUGAAUAUAUGAAUUAUAGGUAGUUUUGACGUGGUGCAUAUAUCUCCUCUAUAACGCAAGAUGAAAGUGACUGCACUAGUCCUUUGAUGUUGUUUUUCUCCUCUUAAUUACAAUCGGAGCCAAACAAUUUCACCACGUUGUAAUUACUUCCAACAUGCAUGGCACCAUUGCAUCUUUUAAUAUGAUAGGAUUAUGAGUUGCCAGCUUUUCCCUUUUGAAGUUUGUACUACUAAAUGUUUGUUCCUCUUUGAUAAGUUCUGAAAUCUACAGUUGAGAAGAUUCUGGUGGUGUUACACCUGUUGUUGUUUUUUUUAUUUAUUUAUAAUUUUCAUGUGUUUGUAGUAUGCUUGUGAAAUUUUGUCAUGCUAAUUGAUUUGACAGAACUUAAUAUGCGAGGGCCAACUAUGAAUUGAGAACUUUGUAGGUUUCUUCAUUGAUUUCUAUUAGAUCUGUGACCAGCAAGUAAUAUAGACCAAUCAAUCAAAAAAAUGAAACUGCAUUUCUUUAGUGUAUCGAGGAUUCCUGUAAAGUUGUGGUGAUUGCAUUAUAUCUCGUCUUCAUACCCUAUUUUCUUGGAUUAACUUGGUGUGCUGAUUCUAGGUACCUGAUUCUACUGAUUUUCUUUCUAAAUUCUUUUUUUGGAAAAUGGUUUUUUUAAGGGUCAUCAUCAUUUUCCUUGAGUCAUUUGCCACAUUUUUGUAUGCAUGAAAGUGACUCCCAUUUAUUUUUUUUAUAGUAUGGCACUGGUGAACCACCUUAUUUUAUCAUUACUAUUAUACAUAGAUGCUUGGGUGCUUUUUGUAUGUGCAACAAAAUGUGUAUGUUCAUCAUUGUGCUUUUGCAUGACACUACUGAAACAGUGUUGCUUCAGGACUUUGAGCUAUUACGAAGACUUGUUAGAUGCCAAGAGUAUAUAUGGCCCUAUAAGAUUUUGAGAAGAUGUGGUGUUGGUUGUACCCUGUUGCUUUUACACCGUCAAAGGAAUCCAUAAAUUCUUUCUGGAAUUCUGUUACCUAUGCAUCCAUUGCGUGUGCUCAGUGUAGAAGUUUUGUAUAAAUGUAUCGCCAUGCUUUUUUUUUUUUAAGCAUUUAAGUUCUUUUCUUUCUAAGAGGUGGAAUAGAAUAACCCAGUUGAAGCGUGAUGAUUAUAGGUCUAUAAUGUAUUGUAUGCCCCACAAUAGGUCCCAUUCUUCUACCCUUACCUUGGGGGUCGAUGGCUAGUCAUAACUAUUACCUUAACAUCAAAUAAGAGUUUCACCCAAUGCUUUAUUUCUGUCCUAGUUGAUCCUAAUUGGACAUUAGAAGUAUAUCAUUAUAUUGCUAAUCCGAUUCAUUUAAUCAAUAUCCUAUCAUUUGUCUUCUUCGUUGGAUUGUCUAGGAAAAAAUAUGAAUGGGGGACAGCUUUAUUCGGCUGCCCUUGUAAUUUAAAGUUAAAGCACCGAAAGCAACAAGGCAUCCUUUAUUCCACAAACUAAUACAUCUUCGGCUGGCCUUGGAAUUAAAAUUUAAAGCCCUGAAAGCAAAUUUUGACAAACAAGAACAUAACUUCUCAGCUUUACCCCUUUCUCUUGCCAAAAAAAAAUGGCUGAAUCAUUUCUAUUCAGUGUUGCAGAAAACAUUCUGGGCAAGAUCGCCUCUCUUGCACUGCAAGAAGUUUCUUUGGCAUGGGGUCUUAAGAGGGAUUUGAACAAGCUUGAGGAGAACUUAACAAUAAUAAAAGCUGUGUUACUGGAUGCAGAGGAGAAGCAGGCUCAGAACCAUGCGUUGCGCGUUUGGCUUGGGAAGCUUAAGAAUUUCUGCUAUGAUGCUGAGGAUGUGCUGGACGAGCUUGAGUAUGAAGGCUUGCGCAAACAACUACUGAAACAGUAUGGAAACACCAAAAUCAAGGUAAGACGCUUUUUCUCAAGCUCGAACCCGCUUGUAUUCUCAUUCAAAAUGGGUCAUAAAUUGAAGGAACUUAGGGAGAGACUAGAUGAGAUUGCAGCUGGCCAGUCAAAAUUUCAUCUCAUAGAGCUAGUUGACUACCGAUUAGCUGGUCGAAUAAGGAGGGAGAUGACUGACUCUCUGUUGCAUACCUCAAAUGUUAUUGGAAGAGAGAGUGAUAAGGAAAUACUAGUCAACAAUUUUCUCUUAGAUCCGAUUGGGGGUGGACAUAUCUCUGUGAUUCCAAUAGUUGGAAUAGGAGGUCUGGGGAAGACAACAGUUGCUAAACUACUAUACAAUGAUCAGAGAGUAGAUAAUCAUUUUGAUCUCAAGAUUUGGGUUUGCGUAUCUGAAAGUUUUGAGAAGAAACAAAUCAUGGUAAGCGUGCUCAAGUCCUUAACUCAUCAAAAUCGUGGAGACUUGGAUCCUGACCAAUUGCAAAAGCUGAUUCAGGAAAAGCUGAAUUCAAAGAAAUUCUUACUUGUUUUGGAUGAUGUGUGGAGUGAUGAUCGCGGGAAAUGGAUUGAAUUCAGGGAUUUAUUGGAGGGAGGUGCUGCUGGAAGUAAAGUCAUAGUCACUACUCGCAAUGCCUCAGUUGCAACAACUGUUGGCAAUGUCCCCUCAUAUGACUUGGCGGGUCUUUCUCAUGAACAAUGUUUGUCUUUGUUUAAGAAAUUGGCAUUUAGAGAAGGAGAAGAGGAUUUGCAUCCACAUCUCGAGAAGAUGGGAGGUGACAUUGUGAGGAAAUGUGGAGGGCUUCCUUUAGCUGUGAAGACACUGGGGACCCUUUUAUAUGCGAAAAGUGACGAACGUUAUUGGAAAUUCAUAAGAGAUAAUGAGAUAUGGAAGUUACCGCAGGAGGAGAAUUACAUUUUACCUGCUUUAAAGUUAAGUUAUGAUCAAAUGCCAUCUCAUUUGAAAUCAUGUUUCGGCAUUUUCUCACUCUUUCCUAAGGGUUAUGAUUUCAGAAGUGUCGAUUUGGUUCAAUAUUGGAUGGCAAAUGGGCUUCUUCAAUCCUCAAAUGAACAUCAAAGCAUUGAAGAUGUUGCAUUUCAGUAUAUGAAGGAGUUGUAUUGGAGAUCAUUCUUGCAAGACUUUGAAGAUUAUGGUUUAUAUUUUACAUUUAAAAUGCACGACUUAGUGCAUGAUCUUGCUUUGUCAGUGGCACAAAACGAGUACUCUGUUGUAAAUACUCCUAACAAGAAUAUAUCUGACGAGGUUCGGCAUCUGAGAUUGUCCGGCAAGGCAUUAUUAGAACAAGAAAUUCCGGGUUUUCUAAGAAAGAAAAACAAGCUGCGAACUAUAAUUUUCCCCUCUAAAUUGCAAGGCCCUGUUUGUGAAUCUUUUGUCAAUACAUGUAUCUCUACAUGUUCGUAUUUGAGGACGAUGGAAUUGAGAGGUUCAUUUUUUGAGGUAUUGCCAACUUCCAUUGGUGAUUUGAAGCAUUUGAGAUAUCUCGACGUAGAUGCUAAUAGUAGAGCUAGGAGAUUGCCUGAUUCUUUUUGGAAGCUGCACAAUUUGGAAACUUUGUUACUUGUUGGGUGUUCAGAACUUGAUGAGUUGCCAAGAGGCAUAAGAAACCUGAUUAAGUUGAGAGUUUUAAGAGUAACAGUAAAACAGAAGUAUUUACCAGAAGAUGAAAUAGGGUGCUUAACGUCUCUUCAGGUUUUGUCUAUUGCAACUUGCACCAAUCUUGAAAUUUUGUUUGAAGGAAUGCAACGUCUAACAUCCUUGCGUUUCAUGCAAAUUUGGAAGCGCAAAAAUUUAACUUCCUUGCCUCGGAAUUUGAAAUACCUAACUGGAUUGGAGGUUUUAGUUAUCAAAAAUUGCGAUCAGCUUAAUUUGGUGGAAGAAGAUGAGAACCAAGACAUCAAGGUGAGCCUUCAAUCUUUGGGGCUUGAAUCAUUGCCGCUGCUCGUGACCUUACCCCAAUGGCUUAAAAAAUCUUUCAACACUCUACAAAACCUCAUAAUUGAUGGUUGCGAAAACUUCUCCACAUUUCCAGAGUGGUUCCAAGACUUCCCUUCUCUUAAAAAGAUUUUGAUCCAAGACUGUCCAAAGUUGUUGUCACUACCGGAGGGGAUGCAUCAUCUCACUGCCUUGAAGGAAUUGAAGAUCUAUGGAUGUCCAAUGCUGAGUAAAAGAUGCAAGAUGCUUGUAGGUGAGGAUUGGCAUAAGAUAGCUCAUGUCUCCAAGAUUGACAUUGACGACGACAACGAAGACGAUGACCAUGACGAAGACGAUGAUGAAGAUGAAGAUGAGGCAUUAUCAACUGCUUAGGUAACAAAUGUUUGCCCCUAAAUUUGACUAUUUUCUCAGUAUUGCUAAAUUAUAAUGUUUCUUCUCCAAUCAAAAAAGUUAUUAUGCUUCUUCAAAUUUCAUUCUGAAUUAUAUUCUGUAUCGCAUAUCAAACAUGUUGCUUAUUCGACAGAGUACUGGCCAUGCUUGGGAAAGAGAUCGCGCUUGCGAAUGGUGUUUACAGGCUGAGGUUGAGGCGGUGGCAUCGUCAUGGGGUCAUCUUUUUGCAGCAGAGCAAGCAAUUUGUUUCUUUGUUUGGUUUCUGAGAAAAUAAGAGACAUGUAUGUCUCCAACCAGCUAUAGGUUGUGUGUGUUUGUCUAUUUUUUUUGGUUUCGUGUUUUGAGGGUGAGGUUGUAUGUAUCUGUUUGUUUGUUGCUUCCCGUCUAUCCUUUCCAAGUUCUCCCUGUAAUUACAAAAGAACGAGUCUGCAUUCAUGAAAUGUUGGGCUUCUGAAACAAUAUAGGAAUAAAACUGUAUGGCUCCUUUGGUUCA